AUGCUGGCCAGCCUGGAGAACAGAGAAGAUGGCCUUCAUUUCAUCUCUGGGCUCUUGAUAGCAGGGAUCUUCCCUGCUGUCCUCUGCUACUCAGAUGGAACACUAGGGAGUCACACUGUGGUCCAGAAAGGCCAAGACACUGAACAACAACUGAACAGUCUCACAUUGGCCUCUGUCAACGAAAGCUUUGCCUUCAUCGUCUACAAGUUGCUGAAUUUGAAUAAUCUACAUAAAAAUAUUGUCUUCUCCCCACUGGGCAUUGCUACUGCCUUGGCCUCCGUGUCUCUGGGAGCAAAGGGCAACACCCUGGAAGAGAUUCUAGAAGGUCUCAAGUUCAAUGUCACAGAGACCCCUGAGGCAGACAUCCACCAGGGAUUUAGGCAACUCCUACAGGAGCUCAGCCAGCCUGGGGACCAGGUACAGAUUAACGCAGGCAGUGCCGUGUUUCUUGAAAAAUGCCUGCAAAUCCUGACAGAGUUCAAAGAGAAGGCCACGGCUCUGUACCAAACUGAUGCCUUCACAGUAGACUUCCAGCAGCCUCCUGAGGCCAGAAAGCUCAUCAAUGACUAUGUGAGGAAUGAGACCCAGGGGAAGAUAAAGGAACUGGUCUCAGAUCUGGUUAAGAGGGCAUCCAUGGUGGUAGUGAAUUAUCUCCUCUUUAGAGGCAAAUGGAAGGAGCCCUUUGACCCUGAUGACACGUUCAUGGGAAAUUUCAUAUUGGACAGGAUGAGGCCUGUGAUGGUGCCCAUGAAGAAAAUUGAGGACGUGACCACACCCUACUUCCGGGAUGAGGAGCUGGAAUGCACUGUGGUGGAGCUGAGUUACUCAGGCAAUGGGAAGGCCUUGGUCAUCCUCCCUGACCAGGGCAAGAUGCAACAGGUAGAAGCCAGCUUGCAACCAGAGACCCCGAGGAAGUGGAGGAAAUCUUUGAGGCCCAGGACGAUAGAUGAGCUCUACUUGCCCAAGUUCUCCGUAUCCAAAACCUACAGACUAGAGAGCAUCCUUCCAGAGCUGAGCAUCAGGGAAAUCUUCUCCACACAGGCUGACCUGUCUGGGAUCACAGGACCCAAGGAUGUAAGAGUCUCUCAGGUGGCCCACAAGGCUGCGCUGGAUGUGGCUGAGACAGGCGCAGAAGCAGAUGUUGCCACAAGAUCAAAAACUAUCCCACUGAUUGCAAAAUUGGACUCUGUGAAAGUGAAUUUGAAUAAGCCAUUCCUGAUUAUUAUCGGUUCUUCAAACACUCAGAUUCCACACUUAAUAACCAAAGUCCUGAAUCCUAAGGGAGACUAG